AUCAGCUCGCUCUUCCGGGGCGGAGUCCUCCCAGCCAAGUCCACGGCAUCGGCAGGGCGAAGGAUACGGAGUACACCUCGUCAAUCAAUUUCUCCGAAGACCCAUGGAUUCGGCACGGCUGCAACGAACCCACCGCUCCCGUGGGCCUCGGCUGAAGAGCAAGAGAUACGAAGCGAAGCCCCGAAAACCACACCACGCCAUGCCAUGCCAUGCCAUGUCCUCUUCUCUUGGACCAGGCAGUCGACAAUCCUCGAUGAUUCUAGGUGGGGCAAUCUGCUUGGUUUCCAAGGCUCCCUUCUGGAUCGAAUCUAAGCAAAGCAUCUUGUCCCGCUAGGCCCCGCUGACUGACUCUUGCAAACCCUGCCUGCCAAAGAGCCAAACUCGAUCCCUACUUGGGUAUCGUAGCCAAUGCCAAACCGGCGACGAAGCGGGGCAGCACAGGUUUUGAGUUUGCUGUGUACCAUCCAAGUAAGCACUGCUACUCUGGCAGUUCAUGUUCCUCCCAGAAUAGAUCAUGUGCCAAGCGGCCCACGCCAACCCGUACGAAAGCGAACCUUCACGGCACAUGGCACAGUCACUGGGUGCUGGGGUUUGAUCACCACCAACUGCUUGGGCGCCUCUUGGCGUGCUCGUGCCGAUCUCGAGAGUCUACCUUACACCCCCACGCACCUCCUACCUGACCUAAGCGACCUCCUAGCUUUGCUUUGGCAAGUAAAAAGGCUUUCGGCAGUCCAAAGUUGUUGCCCUGCAACGACACCGCCCCAGACGGUUUCAAAAAUCCACAACCCUCAACAAGUACACCUCCUACCGGCAGCUAGGUCGUCAUCGUCCCAAAGCCAUUUCAGCCUCGGCCCAUUGGGGAUGGCACUGAGCCCAGUACUGUGCAAUCAAACCGCAGCUCAUCGGACGAACUACCCCGGAACCUCGAUCGCUGUUCAUUUGUGGUAAUAAUGGCUGCUCCGUUAUGUCAUUGGGCUGGACUUGAGACGAGGUGACUGCCAACCAUUCAUCCACCAGUCCUUGCUGAGGCUGAGGCUCCCCGGACCAAUUCCUCCCUUCCCGCCUUCACAUGGCAGCCCACGAGCCUCGGGGCCGUCCCGUCCUGCAGUCGCAUCCUUCCCACCCUACUGGUAGAGAUGCCCAAUCGGGUUCGGAUUGCUGCAUGUGCAUGGGGUGAAACAUUCCUUGAUCAAUGACAGGACGGUAGUUCGAUCGUUUGUCCUUCCGCUGCCAGGCCUAUUACGGCAAUUUGAGCGCAGAAAACGUGGCUGCAUGACGUCGACCCAAUCACUGCUCCGCCGUCCAUAUAGACUUGGAUGUCAACAUAUACGAUCAUGACAUCGAGCCUAGUCCUGGUAGCGGUCUAGCUUUGUCCGCUCCCGAGUGCUGCGAGACCAUGUGUCUUGACGCAUUCUCCCCGGAGCCGAUGGAUAAAUACUACUAGUAGUGAGAGGGAGCCGCAAGACACCCGCUGUCCGCUCUUAUAACCUCAUUUUGAUGUUGCCUGUCGCGAGUGUCCGUCGUCCCCAGCUGCCAGCUCGAGACUCGCGGUAGAAUGGCGCCAGCCACAGAAGUCGCUGUUGCGGUUCCUCACCGCAAGCGACAGAGCGACUGUCCUGUAUUAUUCCCAACCGACUGUGGAGAUGGAUUCUGCUGUGGUCCCUCGAGUACUUGUGUCGAGUCGCGUGGAAGCACAAUGUGUGCCUUCGCUGGGGGCCCCGUCAACUUCCCUGCCGCGCCUGGAGCAGCAACGCCAUCACCAACCCCAUCUACAAGCGCGAGAACCUCUUCCAGCACGAAACUUCCGACCAGUACCACUCAGCCAUCGACAGAACAAGUCUCCACCACAACGCCACCCCCCCAAAGCAUGGGCACGGGGUCGGUCGCCGGGAUAGCCGUCGGUUCUUCAAUCGGAGGAAUCAUGCUCAUCCUGUUCAUCAUAUCCGCCCUGAUGUGGUAUCAUCGGAGGAAGCAGCCACGCUCGGAGCGAGACGAGGGAUUCAACCCGGCCACAGACAGCGUGCGCGCAAUGAUAGACAGUCCUCGAAACACAAGUUCUCAGGUGGUAUCAAUGUAUGACCCGGCUGCCUGGCGCGAAAACUAUUCGGCAGCGUCACCGCGGGAGUUAGACGGCCGCCCGUCGAUGCAGUUUCCCAAGCAUGUCGCCAGCGAUGCCGAGCUGCGAGGGGCUGCGUCUUCGAUUGUGUCUCCCGUAGGUACCGUUUCCUCACAUGGAAGGAUUUCGCACUCUUCUUCGGGAUCAUCCAGAAUGUCUAGAGAUGGCUUGGCUGUGCAUGGGGGUGGGGCUCCUCCCUAUGCUCGGAGGACUUCGACAAGGGGAACUCCAAUUGCCGAGCUGGAAUAAUUGCUAAAUUGAUAUCUAAUCCUUCAUACCCUCCUCAUUAAUUUAAAUGUCAUUUGUGACAUUGCCA